UCUAUCCCUCUGAAUAUUUACCUAAAGUCUAUCCCUCUGAAUAUUUACCUAAAGUCUAUCCCUCUGAAUAUUCACCAAAAUAUCCCUCUGAAUAUUUACCUAAAGUCUAUCCCUCUGAAUAUUUACCUAAAGUCUAUCCCUCUGAAUAUUUACCUAAAGUCUAUCCCUCUGAAUAUUCACCAAAAUAUCCCUCUGAAUAUUUACCUAAAGUCUAUCCCUCUGAAUAUUUACCUAAAGUCUAUCCCUCUGAAUAUUUAUCUAAAGUCUAUCCCUCUGAAUAUUUAUCUAAAGUCUAUCCCUCUGAAUAUUUACCAAAAUAUCCCUCUGAAUAUUUAUCUAAAGUCUAUCCCUCUGAAUAUUUACCUAAAGUCUAUCCCUCUGAAUAUUUACCUAAAGUCUAUCCCUCUGAAUAUUCACCAAAAUAUCCCUCUGAAUAUUCACCAAAAUAUCCCUCUGAAUAUUUAUCUAAAGUCUAUCCCUCUGAAUAUUUACCUAAAGUCUAUCCCUCUGAAUAUUUACCUAAAUAUCCCUCUGAAUAUUUACCAAAUUAUCCCUCUGAAUAUUUACCUAAAGUCUAUCCCUCUGAAUAUUUAUCUAAAGUCUAUCCCUCUGAAUAUUUAUCUAAAGUCUAUCCCUCUGAAUAUUUACCUAAAGUCUAUCCCUCUGAAUAUUUACCUAAAUAUCCCUCUGAAUAUUUACCAAAAUAUCCCUCUGAAUAUUUAUCUAAAGUCUAUCCCUCUGAAUAUUUACCUAAAGUCUAUCCCUCUGAAUAUUUAUCUAAAGUCUAUCCCUCUGAAUAUUUACCUAAAGUCUAUCCCUCUGAAUAUUUAUCUAAAGUCUAUCCCUCUGAAUAUUUAUCUAAAGUCUAUCCCUCUGAAUAUUUACCUAAAUUCUAUCCCUCUGAAUAUUUACCUAAAGUCUAUCCCUCUGAAUAUUUAUCUAAAGUCUAUCCCUCUGAAUAUUUAUCUAAAGUCUAUCCCUCUGAAUAUUUAUCUAAAGUCUAUCCCUCUGAAUAUUUACCAAAAUAUCCCUCUGAAUAUUUAUCUAAAGUCUAUCCCUCUGAAUAUUUACCUAAAGUCUAUCCCUCUGAAUAUUUACCUAAAGUCUAUCCCUCUGAAUAUUCACCAAAAUAUCCCUCUGAAUAUUUAUCUAAAGUCUAUCCCUCUGAAUAUUUACCUAAAGUCUAUCCCUCUGAAUAUUUACCUAAAGUCUAUCCCUCUGAAUAUUUAUCUAAAGUCUAUCCCUCUGAAUAUUCACCAAAAUAUCCCUCUGAAUAUUUACCUAAAGUCUAUCCCUCUGAAUAUUCACCAAAAUAUCCCUCUGAAUAUUUAUCUAAAGUCUAUCCCUCUGAAUAUUUACCUAAAGUCUAUCCCUCUGAAUAUUUACCUAAAGUCUAUCCCUCUGAAUAUUUAUCUAAAGUCUAUCCCUCUGAAUAUUUACCAAAUUAUCCCUCUGAAUAUUUACCUAAAGUCUAUCCCUCUGAUAUUUAUCUAAAGAGCCGCGGUGGCUCAGUGAGUUAA